UCAGGAAGUUUCUCCUUAGUUCUAGGUUGCUUCUCUCCUUGAUUAGUUUCCAUCCAUUGCUUCUUGUAAGGGGUUAUUUUUGUAUUGUAUUGUAUGUAAGGGGUUAUUUUUGUAUUGUGGCAGGUUUGCUAAUUCAUUGUAAUGCAUACUUUUUUUCUUUUUUCACAUCUUCUGCAACCAUUUUAUAAACAAUUAAAGUUACACUUUUCUUUGAAUUUUAUAGACAAAGAGGAUGGCAAUAAGAGCACUCUGGAUGACUGAGAAUAACAAGCAACAUUGAAAAGGAAAGCAAAUCCAGCCAGGCACACAUUGGACAGAUGCUCUACAAAUGCUCUCGCUGUGGUAAAUGCUUUAGCAACUACUGCAACUUGGUGAUAUAUCAUGGGACUCACACCAAGAAGAAAGGGUAUCUCUAGUUUGUGGGGAACAUUUCAUUAGAAAUUCAUGCCCCAUGAGUCACCAGAGGACUCACAAAGGCAAAUUCUUUGAAUGUCCUGAUUGUGGGAAAAGUUUCAGUCAGAAUUCCCACCUGUUGAUACAUCAAAGGAUUCACACAGGAGAGAAACCCUUUGAAUGUCCUGACUGUGGGAAAACUUUCAGUCAGAAUUCCCACCUGGUGAUACACCAGAGGAUUCACACAGGAGAGAAACCCUUUAAAUGUCCUGAAUGUGGGAAACGUUUUAGUCAGAUUUCCAGCCUGGUGACACAUCAGAGAACUCACACAGGAGCGAAACCCUUUGAAUGUCCAGAUUGUGGUAAAGGUUUCAGUCACAAUUCCAGCCUGGUGAUACACCAGAGGACUCACACAGGUGAGAAACCAUAUCAGUGUCCACAUUGUGGGAAAAGUUUCAGUAGCAGUUCUAAGCAGGUGAAACACCAGAGGACACAUACAAAAGAUAAACAAUAUGAGUGUCCAGAGUGUGGGAAAAGUUUCCGUAAGAAUUCCCGACUGAUGACACACCAGACGACUCACAACAGAGAGAAAUCAUAUGAAAGUCCUGAUUUUGGGAAACGUUUGAGUAAAAAUUCCAGCCUGGUGACACAGCAAAGGACUCAUACAGGAAAAAAACUAUAUGAGUGUCCAGAGUGUUGGAAAAGUUUUAGUAAGAAGUCCAGCCUUGUGACACACCAGAGAAUUCACACAGGAGAGAAACCAUAUGUGUGUACAGAGUGUGGGAAAAGUUUCAGUAAGAAUUCCAGCCUUGUGACACACCAGAGGAUUCACACAGGAGAGAAACCAUAUGAGUGUCCAGAGUGUGGGAAAAGUUUCAAUAAGAAUUCCAGCCUCGUGACACACCAGAGGACUCACACAGGAGAGAAACCGUAUGAGUGUCCAGAGUGUAACAAAAGUUUCAGUCAGAAUUCCAACCUGGUGACACAUCAGAAGACUCACAUAGGAGAGAAACCGUAUCCGUGUCCAGAGUGUGGGAAAAGUUUCAGUCAGAAUUCCAGCCUUGUGACACAUCAGAGAACUCACACAGGAGAGAAACCAUAUCAGUGUCCAGAAUGUGGGAGAAGAUUCAGUCAGAAUUCUAGCCUCAUGACACACCAGAGGACUCACACAGGAGAGAAAACCUAUGAGUGUUCAGAGUAUGGGAAAAAUCUCUAUAAGACUUCCCACAUCAUGAGAGACCAGAGGACUCACACAGGACAGAAACUGCAUGCAUGUUCAGAGUGUGGGAAAAGUUUCAGACUGAAUUCCAAUCUGGUGAUGCACCAAGGACUCACAGGGGAGGGAAAUCCUAUGAGUGUCCAGACUGUGGGGAAAGUUUAAGUGAGAAUUCUGACCUGGUGGUACACCAGAGGAGCGGUCCCCACCUUUGCAGCUUGGGGCCCAGCCUUUUGUCUGUUUGCAAAAGCUUUUGGCACGGAGAAAAAAAGCCUUUGGGGGUGCAGCCCAGACACUCCCAACAGCGGUUUGGAUGUCCUGAGCAGGCAGCCUCAGUGGGUCAGCGAAGCUGGUCAUGGUGUGCUUGUGUCACUCAGCCUCUACUCUCACCGCUCCGCUUUUGGAGCAUUGUGAGCAGGCAGUUUGGCAGCCCGGCUGGGAGAGAGAGGGGAAUCGGGCCACACAAGCAACAGGAUAGCAUGCAUGUGCAACUCCACACAAGAGAAGUCUUUGUGGUGCCGCCCUUGUGAGUGGAACUGCACACAUACACCUGCCCGCCUCUCCCAUGGCCUGGUUCUGAACAGGCCAUGGCCCUCUUGUGGGGUGCAGCCUAGAGGUUGGGGACCCCUUUACCAGAGGAUACCAGGAGAGAAACUAUUUGAAUGUCCAGUUUGUGGGAAAUAGUUCAGUACUAGGUCUAUUGUAGGGCUAGGCGACCUCGGCUCUUUUAUGACUUGUGGACUUUAACUCCCAGAAUUCCUGAGCCAGCCACGCUGAGGGAAAGGUGAGAGGUUUCCAAGCUGAGCCAUGCUGGCUCAGGAAUUCUGGGAGUUGAAGUCCAUGAGUCAUAAAAGAGCCAAGGUUGCCUACCCCUACCUCUUAUUGAGUUUUACACACUGAGAAACCUUUCAGACGUCCAGUCUUGGACAAUACUUCACAUAAGAAAAUCCACAGGAGGCAAAAGUAGAUGAGUUUAGAGAAAGAUUGGAUUUCUUUUCUGAUUUCCAUUGGGAGUGCAGGUGAGAAAUUGACAAUAUGAAUUCUGGCCUGAUCUUUUUUAGUCAACACAACUCAAGAUUAGACCUAUAAUUGGAGAGAGAAAUAAAUGGAAAAUGUUACUUUGA